AUGGGAAAUUAUACAAGAGUGACAGUGUUCAUCUUGGCAGGCUUGACAGAUCACCCAGAAUUAAAAGUUGUAUUAUUUACCUCCCUGCUUCUUACCUAUUUGCUCAGCAUCACAGGCAAUCUCACAAUCAUCACACUCACCCUGGUGGACCUUCACCUAAAGACUCCCAUGUAUUUUUUCCUUCGGAAUUUUUCUUUCUUAGAAAUUUCCUAUACUACCACAUGCAUCCCUAAGUUGCUAGUUACUAUGGGAAGUGCAGACAAAACUAUUUCCUAUGAGUGUGUUACUGAAGUGUUUUUUGUCAUCCUACUCAGAGCAUCAGAGUUUUACUUGCUGGCAGCCAUGUCCUAUGACCGCUAUGUGGCCAUCUGCAAGCCCCUGCGUUACACAACCGUCAUGAGCAGCAAAAUCUGCACAGGGCUUGUCCUCAGUUGUUGGCUUGCUGGCUUUUUUGUCAUCUUUCCACCACUGCUCUUAGGCCUAAAUCUUGAAUUCUGUGCCUCCAACGUUGUGGAUCAUUUCUUCUGUGACACCACUCCCCUCCUGCAGAUCUCCUGCACAGACACACACCUCCUGGAGAUGAUGGGGUUCGUCUCAGCUUUGCUUACACUCUUAGUCACACUGUUAAUGGUGAUCAUAUCCUACGCAUUUAUUACCCUAGCAAUUUUCAAAAUCCCUUCAACGAGUCAGAGGAAGAAGGCAUUUUCCACAUGUUCUUCUCACAUGAUCGUCAUUUCUCUUUCUUAUGGCAGCUGCUUGUUUAUGUAUAUGAAACCGUCAGUCAAACAAAGAAUAUCUAUUGCCAAAAGCAUUGCAGUUCUCAAUACCUCCGUGGCUCCACUUUUGAACCCUUUUAUCUAUACCUUGCGGAAUCAACAAGUGAAAAAAGCUUUUGUUACUAUGAUACAUAGGGUUGUCACUUUCUUAAGCAAAUGA